GUCGACGAACGAACUGACAGUUUACUUUUAUGGGCUAUCGCCGACAGACCAUAGUAAGUAAGUAAACAGUUUAUUGAUUGAUUCAUGGAUAUUAAUUUAAAAAUUACAAUAAAUAAGUAUUUACAAAUCCCGUACCGUGCUUGUCCAUUUAAUACCCUCCAACCAUCUAGAUUAUAUUGAUUUAUCUCAAAACUUACCUAUAAGUUAUCCUGGGAAGAGUUAUUUCGAAGAAAAUAUUAAAUAUAACAUGCAGGACUUUCCUACCAUCAUUUUAACGGGAUUUUUAUUACAGCGAUACGGUGUUGAGGCUAUACUUGCAAGAACGGAGACUAGAGAAAUAAAAAAAGUAACUAUGUCUCUUGACGACCUAGCACUUGAAUAUGAAGAUGAUAAAAAUUCUAUGAUUGGAAAAGCUGAGAAUGAAAAUACCAACAUAUACGAAGAUUUUUAUGACGAACUAGAUAAUAGAAUCAGAAUAGACAAGUCGAUGAACAUUAUUUUCUUUGGGCCAUCCGAUUCGUUCUUGAGGCUUGAUCCUGAGACUAUUUUGCAUAUGUUGGUACAUACAAAAAAAGAUUUAAUUCCGAUAACAAGAGUAUUGUUGUCAUGGGAUGUAAUCACAGAUGGGCAAACUGCAGCUUUCUUACAAGGGAGAGAAUUGUUAGCAUUUGGAACACUUUUAAAUGUAGUCCCUGAAGAGGAUUUGUAUUAUUUGAACUUCGGAGAACCUUCAGUCCUAAGAUAUUUCUCAAAUAAUGCUAUACACUUACAUAGACGCAAGUAUGGAGUUUUAGUAGCAGCCUACAGACGCUAUUUUGGUAAUGAAUGGUACACCAAUAGCUCCCAAAUAAAUGAGCUUGGAUAUCUCAUCUGCGGAUUUCCAUCAAUUGAUUUGAUGAAAAUAACACCACAAACUUUUAGAGAAAUAAAUGUGGAUAUAAUGAGCAAAUUAACCAAUUGCAAUAUCAAUCAAACAAAGACACUAUACGACAUAGCGACUCACCCAGAUGCCUAUGGAGAACCAUACAAGUGGUCAUCGCAUGAAAUAGGAAGAAUGAAUGCAUUAUUUGCCUGUGAGUAAAAGAUAUGGCAAAAUAGUAUAGGGUGU